GUUCAGCCUGGAGAAGAGAAGGCUGAGAGGGAGGUCAAGAAGGCGUAUCGGCAGAAGGCACUGACUUGCCACCCAGAUAAGAACCCGGAUGAUCCCAGAGCAGCGGAAGUCUUCCACCAGCUGUCUCAGGCCUUAGCCGUGCUGACAGAUGCAGCAGCAAGGGCGGCGUAUGACAAAGUGAGGAAGGCUAAGAAGCAAGCAGCAGAAAGGACGCAAAAGCUUGAUGAGAAGCGAAAGAAAGUAAAGCUUGAUCUUGAAGCCAGAGAACGAGAAGCCCAGACCCAUGAGAGUGAAGAGGAGGACAUCAGGAUAACGAGAUCAUUAGAUCAAGAAAUAAUACGCCUGCGUGAAGAAGGCUCCCGUCAGCUUGAGGAGCAGCAGAGACUCAUUCGAGAACAGAUCCGGCUCGAAAGGGAGCAGCACGUCCAAGGCAAACAAGAGAGAACUGGAGCAGAAGGCAAAAUAACUCCCAAACUCAAACUAAAAUGGAAAUGUGGGAAAGAAGAUGAGACGAGAGGGGGAUACUCGAAAGACGUUCUGUUGCGGAUCCUGCAAAAGUAUGGUGAUGUGCUCAAUUUGUUGAUGUCGAGUCGAAAGACUGGGAGCGCAGUCGUGGAAUUUGCUACGGUUAAGGCUGCGGAGAUGGCUGUGAAGAAUGAAGUUGGCCUGAUAAAUAAUCCUCUAAAGAUUUCCUGGCUGGAGGGCCAGCCCCGGAACAGUCCCAGCACUGUGUUCUCCGACAGCACUAGUCAGCCUAGGACUUCACAGGCGUCCGUGGUAUCGGAACGGGAUUACGAGAGCCUGGUGAUGAUGCGGAUGCGCCAAGCAGCGGAGAGGCAGCAGCUCAUUGAGCAGCUGAAGAGGGAAGAUGAGGAAGAGUCUCACACCUAGUGUGAGAGAGUAUGGAUUCUCCCCACCCCACCAUUCUCCAUUUCCAAAGCUGUUUCUUAAUUUAAGUCAAUAAACCUCCUUUUUU